AAUGCCAGUGGUUAACAUAAUGGUUGUCAAACAUUUGUUUAUAAUCACAGAAACCUCUUUUCACUCUUGGCUCUCUCAUUCCCUGUACUUCCUUCUCUGUGAGACAUGAUCCUAAACCAGUGUGCGUUCUUUCUACCCCUCUGCUGUGUCUACUCUGGUGAGUACCUCCAGGCUGCUGUGGUGAGCGACCGUGAGAGAGAUCGGCACGACAUGGCCACAGCAACUGCUACUCCCACGACCCACAGAAAUACCUCACCGGCCUUUAGAGAGCACGACAGCGUGACUGUCAGUCCAACACAGAGCUCAAGCCAGUGUGAAUUCCUCAGCGUUUGCUCAAAUAUACACAGAUGAGCUCCACAGCUGCUCUUUAAAGGAUUCAGAUCAUAGAAGAGAGGGCAAAGCUGUGAGAUCACAGCUCCUAUUAGCAUCCCGUGUCUAAUGAUGCAUCCCAUCAGGGCAGGACGAAACAGUGCUGUAAUAUCCUGGGAACAAUCCUGGAGCUGUGCUAAAAGACUAUCUUAAGAUGGUGGUGGCUGUGACAUGCCAGCUGGUGUACUGUUUGUCCAAAGAGCUGACAGAUGUGGAGAUUUUUCUAGCUGAAGCAGACACGGCGAAUUGAGCCAAUGGUGCUGUUUUGGGCACCCCAGUCCGAGAAGCUGUUGUAGUCCUUCUUCUCCAGGAUGUAAUGGGCUCCUCUGUAGUUAGGCUCCUGGUACACCACCCAGCUGUGGUCAGGAGAGAGAGGACACUCUGUUAAGGCUGUAACGGCUCAUCAGGUUGGGGAUGUCAUCAUGAAGCUCUGUCUUCUUGCCUGAGAAACCUGCCCGCUCAAACAGCUGAGCAGGAGGAGGGUUAUUGUCCUAGACCACGAAAUACAGCACGAACAGAGGAGAUGUGGUCCCCCUGAGCACACCACCUAUCAGUGCAGUUGUACUCCCCCCUGUCAAACAUGUCCCACAGGAUCCCAUGCACAAUGCUUGAUCCGUUUGACAUCCCAGAUUAUGAGCACACAGAGGAUGAGAGGUUCCCUCCUCUCCCCCCUCCAUCAUCGCCUGGUCAGAGAGACAUCGAGGAGGAUCCUUUUGGCAAUGGAGAAGGUGAGGAGGAAGGAGAAGUGUCAAAACUCGCAGAAGUGCCAGUGGCAAAAAGACGAACAGUGCAGAGGCCUCGGCCUAAACUGGAUGCAAACAGGUUGAUUUCUGAGAAGGGUCUUCCAGCUUUGCGUACUUUAUUUGAUGAUGUUAAGUUCAAAGGCAAAGGGCACGAGGCAGAGAAUCUGAAGCUCCUCUUGAAGAAGAUGGAGAACUGGGCCCAUCGCCUGUAUCCUAAAAUGCAGUUUGAGGAGUUCAUUGAUAAAGUGGAGAGUCUGGGAAAUAAAAAAGAAGUUCAGACCUGUCUGAAACGAAUUCGAUUGGACAUGCCAAUAACACAUGAGGACUACGUUGAGGAGGGUGAGGGUCGAGUACUGGAAGAGUCUGAUCCAGCUGGAGAGGAAGGUUUCCCUGAAGAUCCGUUUGUCCAUUCUACUCCUGCUCCAGCCUCUCUCACUGAGGAACAGCAGCGGCGCAUAGAGCUCAACAAACGGCUGGCUCUGGAGAGGAGACUUGCCAAGCAGAAACAGUUAGAAUCCUCUCAGAAUUCCAUCCAGGAUGCAGAUGAACCAUCAACCAGUAUUUCAGGACAGUACCUCAGUCAAGAGAGUCAGGCCACUCUGGAGCAGAGCACCUCAGCACAAACGCCACUCAAACAGAAGUCAGCUGCUCCUCACAAUUCCCCUUUAUAUGAUAAUGAGUGUGCUAGUCCGCUUCCGAAUGGCAUAGUUGAUGAUGAUGAUGAUGAUAGCAAUUGAACCAAUCCUCCCCUUUUGUACCAAGAGGACUAAGAAUAAAUUAAGAGUUUUUUGGGAAGGGCAACUUAAAUCAGUUGGGGUUUUUCCACAAUUAACCUUUAUAAAUUCUUCCCAGUCAUAUGCCGAACAUCUUUUGCAGCUCAUUGGCAUUUUUUGAAAUGCCAACCUAGGGCUUGAUCACCACUUAUCAUCUUAUACACACAUUAAUCUAGUUCAGCGUGCUUGCAUUUUGUCAUAUCUUUUAUCCUCUGUGAGGAUUUUGAAAUGUAUUUGCUCAUAUUCAAAAGAUUUCUUAUCAUUUUACUCUCAGAUUCACAGUAAGAUCAGUGUGAACCUGAGAAUAAAAUCACCACUUUCUGAUUAUUGGCUAGAUAUUAUUAUAAUGUCCUAAUGUUAGCACACAAUACUACAGAGAGCUUUUAAGGUUGACCCAUUCCCUAUUUUUUUUUUUUUGAAAAUGUCAGUUUGUCAUCACCUUCUAAUGUUUCUGUCAGUUACGUUUAUCCCUGUUCUUUUAUUUCAGUGUCAAUUUUUCUGAAUAAAAAUGUAGAAAACCA